AUGUUUGUCAAUAAAGAAAUUUGUAGACACGUCAGUGGCCGUAGCAGCCCAGGGCUGGUUUAUUGUCAUUUUGCAUUGCCACGGAAGCCCACGUGGUGGCGCCGCCGCACCGCCAUGGAGCGCGGGCUGACGCUGCUGGCGACAGUGGCGCUCCUGGCGGCCGUCGCGCUCGCCGUCUCGCUGGGCGCGCUCCUCGCCAGGUGGCAGCACCAGUCAGAGUCACUGAUGGCAGUGGCGAUGGAGUCCAGAGGAAAUGUGUCUGCACCAGACACCCAGGGGCCAGAAUCGCAGUCCGGCACUCAGAGCCUGCAGGGCCUCUGCCUCACGCCGGGAUGUGUCCACGCAGCGUCCGAGGUGCUCGAUUAUCUGGACCCGUCAGUGGACCCCUGCGAGGACUUCUACCGGUACGCGUGCGGCAACUACCUGCUCACCACCGACAUCCCAGAUGAUAAAUCUUCGGUGAGCACCUUCUCGGCUAUCGAGGACCAGCUCCACGAGAAGCUGCGCACUGCCGUAGAAGAGGAGGAGCCUGGAGCAGCCGUCCCCAGAAGCUUACAGCUGGUUCACGAGCUCUACAGCGCCUGCAUGAACAAGACGCUGAUCGAGUCGCGCGGCCUGGCGCCGCUCCAGAGGCUCCUGAAGGAGGAGCUGGGCGGCUGGCCCGUCGUGGAGGGCGACUCGUGGGACGAGGCGGGCUUCGACUGGCUGCGCAGCAUCCACCGCUUCCGCAGGGCUGGCCACAGCACCGACUACUUCCUCAAAUUCUCCGUGGGCACAGACUACAGAAACUCCACGCGCCGCUCCAUCAUUCUGGACCAGGCAUCACUGGGGCUGAGCCGCGAGUUUCUGGUGAAGGGUCCCUCGGAUAAACUCGUGGAUGCCUACUACCAGUACCAGGUGGACCUGGCAGUUCUUCUGGGUGCCGACAGGACUCGUGCUGAGCACGAGCUCAGACAGUCCCUCGAGUUUGAGACAGCUCUGGCCAACAUCUCGCUGCCACAAGAGGCGCGACGCAACGUGACACAGCUGUACAACCCGCGCACUGUAGAGCAGCUGCAGAAUGACUACCCGUCGGUACCGUGGCUGGAGUACCUGAGGACACUGCUACCCCCGCACGUCGCCGUCACCAGCGACGAGGUGGUCAUCGUCUCGGUACCGUCCUACCUCAAGAGCCUCGAGGUCCUGCUCGGCCACACCCCCAAGAGGGUGAUGGCCAACUACGUGAUGUGGCGGGUGGCAGAGGCCUCGGUCCCCUACACGACGGAGGAGCUGCGCAGCCGCCAGCUCGAGUACGAGUCCACUGUGUCUGGAAAGACGGAGCGGGAGCCCCGCUGGAAGGAAUGCAUCGACGUCGUCGCCGAUCGCCUGUAUCUGUCUGUGGGCUCGAUAUUCGUGCGAAAGUACUUCAACAAGGAAGCCAAGAAGGUGGCACUCGAGAUGGUGGACGACAUCCGCCAGGAGUUCUUGCACAUCCUGCAGGAACUGGACUGGAUGGACGAGGGAACCAGGAAGAAGGCGCUCGAGAAAGUCCAGUCCGUGGUCGCCCACGUCGCGUACCCUGAGGAGCUGCUGGACGACACCGAGCUCGACAAGUUCUACGAGAAGCUAGAUGUCAGCCCAUCCCUGUACUUGGAGAGCAUGCUCAACGUGACCAAGUUCCAGACCAACUACUCCUUCAGCCAAUUGCGGCAGCCUGUCAACAAGACCGAGUGGAUCAACCACGGCUAUGCGGCCUUGGUCAAUGCCUACUACAACCCCUUCGAGAACUCUAUAGGGAUCCCAGCAGGUAUCCUACAGGGUGUGUUCUUCAGCGCCGACCGUCCCAAGUACAUGAACUAUGGCGGCAUCGGCUCCACCAUCGGCCACGAGAUCACACACGGCUUUGACGAUGAGGGCCGUCAGUUUGACAAGGACGGGAACCUUGUGGACUGGUGGGAUCCUGUGACCCGUGACAAGUACCUGAAGAAGGCAGAGUGCAUCAUCUGGCAGUAUGGAAACUUCACCGACGAACAGACGGGCAUGCACCUGAAUGGGAUCAACACGCAGGGUGAGAACAUCGCAGACAACGGCGGCAUCAAGGAGGCGUACCGCGCCUACCUCGCCCUGCAGCGCCGCGCCGGCCAAUCAGAGCCGAGGCUGCCAGCGCUGGCCGGCCUCUCCCCACGGCAGAUGUUCUGGGUGUCCGCCGCGCAGACCUGGUGCAAGAAGUACCGCACCGAGAAGUUGCGACAAGAAAUUAUGGCCGGAGUGCACUCCCCUGCUCGCUUCCGUGUGUUGGGCCCGUUCGCCAACCGCCCCGAAUUUGCUGAGGACUUCAGGUGUCCGCUCGGCUCCAGCAUGAAUCCUGAGAAGAAGUGCCAGGUGUGGUAGAGAGCACUGGUGGGGAUGCCGAACUGCCAGGGGCAGAUCGCUGACUGACGGGUGUGGCUGCAGGCUGUGACAACAGAAGUGAACCUGCAUGCAGUCAGCCGCUGACCAACACUCCAGCUGUGGAGCUCUGCUUCUGGGCGAUCCUCACUGACUGGACUCUGACAUGUUAUAUGGAAGGCCGCAGCCUCGAAAGAGACUGGCAGGCACAUCUUGCAAAGCACCCAGAGAAGACAGUGUGGGUGCUGCAGUUUCAGCACAUCACAGCCAAAUUUGCCAACUGUGUGUGUGUGUGUGUGUGUGUGUGUGUGUGUGUGUGUGUGUGUGUGUGUGACAGCAUGCAAUUGCAUCCUAGUAACCUUCUCCUCUUUAGGGUGG